AUGAGGCCGUCCAAGAACCGCGAAUGGCUUCUGAGCCUGGCGUUAAACGCCAUGGCGCUGCCCUGUGUCCGUGCAGACAUGACCACAACCAUCAGCUCGACCACAAACUGGGGUACAUGGGAAGGCUUCGGCGUAUCCCUUGCCUGGUGGGCUGCAGCCUUUGGCUCCCGCAGUGAUUUGGCGGACAUCUUCUUUUCCACCAAGACAACGACCUACAGUGGCAAUCGUGUCCCCGGAUUGGGGUUCACUAUCGCUCGUUACAAUGCCGGCGCCUGUAGCUCAAAUACAAUAGAUGGGUCUGCGAUGGUCGUCUCACCCAAGAUGAUCCCUUCUCGACAAGUGGACAGCUACUGGCUGGACUGGCACAGUACCUCUCCCUCCUCGUCAAGUUGGGAUUGGAGCGUCGACGCCAACCAGCGCAACAUGCUGUCCAUGGCUAAAGCGAGAGGUGCCACAACGUUCGAGCUGUUCUCGAACUCCCCAACCUGGUGGAUGUGCAUCAACCACAAUCCGUCGGGGUCUGAUGACGGAACCAGCAACAACUUGCAAUCGUGGAACUAUGAUCAGCACGCCAUCUACCUGGCAACGAUUGCCGAGUAUGCCGCAGCUCACUGGGGUGUCUCUUUCCAAUCGGUGGAGGCUUUCAAUGAACCUGCUUCCGGGUGGUGGAAUGGGCGCACCGGAACACAGGAAGGCUGUCAUUUUGAUGCCAGUACUCAGGCCACAGUGAUUGGGAACCUUCGGUCGGAGCUCAAUGUUCGAGGGCUCAGCUCCACUCUCAUCGCGGCCUCUGACGAGAACACCUACGAUCUGGCCAUCUCCACGUGGAACAGCCUCGGCAGCACAGCGACGCGCCAGGUGGGGCGAAUCAACGUUCACGGCUAUCAGUACGGUCAAGGUCGACGGGAUACUCUGUAUAGCUUAGCCUCCGGUGCAGGCAAACGACUUUGGAAUAGCGAGUAUGGGGAGAGUGAUGCCACCGGUCGCAGUCUCGUGGACAACCUGUUGCUUGAUUUCCGCUGGCUUCAUCCGACAGCAUGGGUUUAUUGGCAGGCGAUUGAUGGCGGUGGCUGGGGGCUGAUCGAAGGCGAUAACGACAAGCUCACCCUGGGCGCCGUCAGUCAGAAGUACUACGCGCUCGCCCAAUUCGCUCGACAUAUUCGGCCGGGAAUGCAGAUCCUCGACGGUGGCAGCAAUUACACGGUCGCGGCGUACGACGCCAAUGCGCACAAGCUGGUCAUCGUGGCGGCGAACUGGGGUCCCGCUCAGUACCUCAACUUUGAUCUAUCUCACUUUAGUAAAGCAGGAGUAAGCGGUGCCCUGGUUCCCCGCUGGAUCACCCAGGUUGGUUCAGGGGCCCAGUACGUCAGUCAUAGCGACACGUACCUGAGUGGCAGCAAGUUCUGGUCCUACUUCCCUACUGGAGCCGUGCAGACCUUCGAAGUGGCUAAUGUGUCACUUUAA